CAUAUAAUCCUAUAACUAGGAAGCGAGCGAUUUAAACGGCGUUCCAGGGUUAUACCUACGUCUUGUCCUUUAAAUCCUCUCAUAUAUAUUUCUUAUAUAUAGAAUAAAGAACACUUGAUAAGCAAUGGGUUCCUUAACUCAGUCCAAGCUUCCUGUUAUUGACUUCUCCAUAAAGAACUUAAACUCUUGUACUUUAAGUUCUUGGGUCACAACCUGCAGGGAUGUUAUGCAUGCACUUGAAGAAUACGGUUGUUUCAUAGCUAUGUAUGAUGGAGUGUCUCAAGAGCUUCACGAUGCGAUCUUCUUGGUAUCGAAAGACCUAUUUGAUCUUCCUAAUGAAGUGAAAGUCCUAAACACUUCAGAUACACCAUCUCAUGGUUAUGUUGGCCAAGAACCCGUUGUUCCUCUUUACGAAGGCUUAGGCAUUGAAAACGCAACCACCGCAGAAGGAGCUGAAAGAUUCACAAAACUCAUGUGGCCCUCUGGAAAUCAAGGUUUCUGCGGAAGUGCAUUGAUGUUCGCGAAGGCUGUAGCGGAACUAGAUCAGACGGUAAUGAAAAUGGUAGCGAAAAGUUAUGGAAUAGAGGAACACUACAAAUCGCUUCUUGGGUCGACAAGUUAUCUUCUUCGACUCAUAAAAUACCGAAGUCCUCAAGAUAAUGAGAGAAAUCUGGGCAUUGUUCCUCACACAGAUAAGAGUUUUAUGUCCAUUCUUCAUCAGCAAGAAGUGAAGGGUCUGGAGGUAAAGACAAAGGAUGGGAAGUGGAUUGAAGUUGAUCCUUCACCAUCUUCUUUCAUAGUCAUGGCAGGAGAUGCUUGCAUGGCAUGGACAAAUGGAAGAAUCGAAGCACCGUGUCACAGGGUGAUGAUGCAAGGGAACGAAGAGAGAUUCUCUCUGGGGCUAUUUACGUUCAUCAGGGAUCUCGAGAUACAGAUACCUCAAGAACUCGUUGAUGACGACCAUCCUCUACAGUUUGAGGCAUUUGAUAACUACAAGUAUAUUCAUUACUAUUAUACCGAUGAAGGGAAGAGAUCAAAGUGCCCCAUCAAAUCCUACUGUGGAAUUUGAAGCACCAUUUAUUUAAUUUGCCCUGCAAUCUUAGCUAUAUAUAACCAGUUGUGUGUUCACAUGUUUGAUCUUUUUGUUGUUUCCUUUUGUUCAAGUAUUUAUCAGUGAAUAAAUGCAUAGAUAAAAGUUGUGUUGCGUGUGGAAGUCACUCAAAUGUGUCUACUGCUUUUAAGAUUGAGUUGUAUUGGUUGUACAAAUGGAAGGAAAGAGAGGAGGGGUUCAGUCCAAAAGAAAAUGAAAAAUUGAGGAAAAUCGGGUAACC